GGACAGGCUACAGGGAAUGGCCCAGGUUUGGCUCCAAGCAGCCUCUCCUGACUUGUCACUGUCCCUUCUCCAUGAACAGGUGCCCAUGUGCAGCCACAGCAAAUGUCCAACAGCAGCUCCAUCAGCCACUUCCUCCUGCUGGCACUGGCAGAGACGCGGCAGCUGCAGCUCCUGCACUUCUGCCUCUUGCUGGGCAUCUCCCUGGCUGCCCUCCUGGGCAACGGCCUCAUCAUCAGCACCGUAGCCUGCGGCCACCACCUGCACACGCCCAUGUUCUUCUUCCUGCUCAACCUGGCCCUCAGCGACCUGGGCUCCAUCUGCACCACUGUCCCCAAAGCCAUGCACAAUUCCCUCUGGGACACCAGCACCAUCUCCUACACAGGAUGUGCUGCUCAGCUCUUUUUCUUUCUGUUCUUCAUCUCAGCAGAGCUUUCCCUCCUGACCAUCAUGUGCUACGACCGCUACGUGUCCAUCUGCAAACCCCUGCACUACGGGACCCUCCUGGGCAGCAGAGCUUGUGCCCACAUGGCAGCAGCUGCCUGGGCCAGUGGAUUUCUCAAUGCUCUGCUGCAAACAGCCAAUACAUUUUCCCUGUCCCUGUGCCAUGGCAAUGCCCUGGGCCAGUUCUUCUGUGAAAUCCCACAGAUCCUCAAGCUCUCCUGCUCCACAUCCUAUCUUAGGGAACUUGGACUUCUUACUGUUAGUGCCAGUUUGUUAUUUUGUUGUUUUGUGUUCAUGGUUUUCUCCUAUGUGCAGAUCUUCAGGGCUGUGCUGAGGAUCCCCUCUGAGCAGGGACGGCACAAAGCCUUUUCCACCUGCCUCCCUCACUUGGCCGUGGUCUCUCUGUUUAUCAGCACUGGUAUAUUUGCCUACCUGAAGCCCCCCUCCAUCUCCUCCCUAUCCCUGGAUCUAGCCCUGUCAGUUCUGUACUCGGUGGUGCCUCCAGCCCUGAACCCCUUCAUCUACAGCCUGAGAAACCAGGAGCUCAAGGCGGCAGUGUGGAGACUGAUGAUUGGACGCUUUCAGGAACAUUAA